AUGAAGGGUCUGAUUAUGAACUGCAUGGAGAAGAAGACGCAGGCUUAUGAGCUCGUGCGGAAGGGGCUUAAGUUCGACCUGUCAUCCCACGUGUGCUGGCACGUGUACGGGCUGCUGUACCGGUCGGACCGGGAGUAUCGAGACGCCAUUAAGUGCUACCUCAACGCCCUGCGCAUCGACCCCAACAACCAGCAGAUCCUCAAAGACCUCUCGCUGCUGCAGGUGCGCCCACCCGCUGCUGCAGGGUUUGUGGAGUCGAGGCGGCAGCUGCUGACCUUCAAGCCCAACCACCGCGCCAACUGGAUCGCCUUUGCUGUCGCCAACCACAUCAACGGCAGGCUGGACGUGGCGUCUCAGAUCCUGUCAGCCUAUGAGGGCACUCUGGAGGACGAGUCUCCUCCGGACGGGGAGAAGUACGAGCACAGCGAGAUGCUGCUUUAUAAGGUGUCACUGCUGGCAGAAGCAGGCAAGCACGCGGAGGCCUUGGAGGAGCUGGGCAAGAAGCAGCGCCACAUCUGUGAGGUGUCGCUGCUGGCGGAAGCAGGCAAGCACGCGGAGGCCCUGGAGGAGCUGGGCAAGAAGCAGCACCACAUCGUGAGUGGAGGGGGUCAAGGGGGUGAAGGGGUUCAAGUCAAGACUCAAGGGGUUCAAGGGAUGCAGGAUGUGGACAAGCUGGGAGUGAGGGAGCACCGGGCGGAGCUGCUGCACCUUACAGGGCGUAGCGAGGAGGCUAGAAGCGAGUACGAAGCUCUGCUGGCCAUCAACCCGGACAACUACAAGCACUACGAGGGGCUGCAGGCGUGCAUGGGGCUGAAAGCGAGUGCUGCGGAUGGCAGUUAUACGCCGGAGCAGCUGGCGCAGCUAACGGAGCUGUUCAAAGGGCUGCAGGAGAAAUACCCCAAGUCCGCUGCUGCUAAGAGAAUACCGCUGGACUUUCUCCAAGGGGCAGACUUCGAGGCAGCCUUGCAGCCACACGUGAGGCGGUUCAUCCGCAAGGGCAUCCCCUCGCUCUUCUCCGACCUUGAACCGCUCUACGACCAGCCAGGCAAGGCGGACAUCAUGGACAAGGUCUUCACAGCCAUGCUCCACUCCAUUCGCUCCUCCGGAAAAUUCCCUCCUCUCAGUGACUCGUCAGCAGAAGAGGACAAAGAAAACCCCUCUGUGCUUCUCUGGCUGCUGUAUCUUAUGGCUCAGCAUCUGGACAGGAGGGGCAAGGUGGAGGAGGCAUUGGCGAUCGUAGACGAGGCGAUUGCUCACACGCCCACACUCAUGGAUGCCUACCUGGUCAAGGCGCGUAUUCUGGACAGGGCGGGGGACUUCACAGCAGCAGCGCGGCUGGCAGACGAGGCAAGGAGCUUGGACCUGGCGGACAGAUACCUCAACUCGGAGGCCGUCAGGCACAUGCUCAGGGCCGACCAGGUGGAUCUAGCAGAGAAAACAGCAGCGCUCUUCACCAAGCACGGCGACCAGCAUGAGAACCUCUUCGACAUGCAGUGCAUGUGGUACGAGCUGGCGGGUGGAGACAGCUACCUGCGGCAGAAGAACUACGGGCGGGCCUUGAAGAACUACCUCUCAGUGCACAAGCACUACAAUGACAUGAUCGAGGAUCAAUUCGACUUCCACACCUACUGUCUGCGCAAGAUGACCCUCCGAGCCUACGUGGCCACCCUCCGCUGGGAGGACCACCUUCACGCCUCACCCUUCUUCUGCCAGGGCGCCGUGGGCGCUGUGCGGUGCUAUGUGGCUCUGCAUGACCGGCCGGUGCAGGAGGAAGAGGAGGCAGCAGCAGCUGCUGCAGCGGCGGCAGCGGCAGCAGCAGCCAAGGCAGCCAAGAAGGGAGGUUCGGCCAAGCCUGUCGAUGCCGACCCUGAUGGGGUGAAGCUCACUGAGGUGGAGGACAAGCUAGCAGAGGCCUCCAAGCACCUCUCGCUGCUGCUGCAGCAUGCCGGAUCGGAGCUCUCGUCGCUGCAAGUGGCGUUUGACGUGUUCUCGCGGAAAAAGAAGCUCCUGCUGUGCCUGCAGGUGAGUCUUGGCCUGCAGGUUCGGUUCUUCCUCACAGUGCGUGACCUUCCCCCGGCAGAAUCAGAAUCAGAUAAAAUCGUCCGUGCAGUCAUCGAAGCUGAGAGGGCUGAUCUCGGGUGGGUGGCACAAGGGGGACCAGGGGGUCUCAUGAUCAUGCUGUGUUCUGUUGGACACUCGGUCAGUGCACCACCAUACCACCACCAUACCAUCACAAUGUCAUCACCCCGUCUCCCCUCGUGUCACCAUCAAUCCAUCUCCAUGCCUCCCCAUCCACCCCAACGCCACCACCAUGCCAUGCGAGCAGAUAGCUUGCCGCACAGGGCAGCAGCAGCGGAGGCCAUGGCCAUGCUGGAUCCCUCCCUCAAGGCGCGCGCCACUGCCGUCAUCCACGACUCGCAAGAGCCCCUGGCGAAGAGGGCAGCAGCAGCGGAGGCCAUGGCCAUGCUGGACCCCUCCCUCAAGGCGCGCGCCACUGCCGUCAUCCACGACUCUCAAGAGCCGCUCGCCACAAGCUCCUCUCCCCUCCUGCCCCCUCCUCCCCCCUCCUGCCCCCUCCUCCCCCCUCCAGCCCCCUCCUUCCGUCUCCCUCCUCCCUUGCUGUUACCUCCAGUGGCGGAGCAUUGUGGCGGAGCAUUGGCGGAGGGAGUGGGCGAGUGGUCCCUAGACAAUGGCGGAGCAUUGGCGGAGGGAGUGGGCGAGUGGUCCCUAGACCAGUGCACGGCGGUGCAUCGGCUGCUGCAGGAAGGCCCUCUUGCUGAUGAGGCGGCUGCACAAAGAUGGAACGACCGGUGUGCGGAGCGAUUUCCCUACUCGCAGCAUUUCGACGGCAGCAAGAGCUCCGCGAAAGCACCACCACCGGUGGCUGAUGGCGGUGAUGAGGACGGGGAGGAGGGCAGUGCUGCUGGUGCUGCUGCUGGGGAGAACGGGGCGGUGGAGUAG